ACUAAAUAAAUAGUUCUACUCCAAUAAACAAAAAUGUCAGACAAAAACUUUUCCUUUUGGCCUAUUUAAUACAGUUUCUCCCAUACCACCAACAAUAAUACCAAACACCUUCAAAUUCUCUUUCUCCCACUAUAAGUACACAUUUAUAAAAUCAGAAGGCAAAAAUUAGCCUUAACUGAAGCUCAUUCUUGUGAAAAUUCAUCUUAAUUUCUACUUUCAUGGAUAAAGACUACUUCUCUAAUGGUGGAAUUCAACCACCCUUACAUUUUGAACCCAAAAUUCCAUUAAAUUCCUUACAUUCACCUCAGGAACUAAAUUCAGAUUACUUUAUGAACACUCAUUGGGACAAUAAUUCUUCAGAUCAAUACACCCAUUUUGAUUCAGCUUUGAGUUCUAUGGUCUCAUCUCCAGUACCCACCAAUUCUUUAAAUUCCAACGAUAGCCAUAGUUCAUCACUACGUGAAUUGAUUGGGAAAUUGGGCUCAAUUUGUAAUUCUCCUUCACCCCAAUUCACUUAUGAUAUUAGUAGUAUUAAUAACUGUGAUUCUACUAGAACUUCAUGUUAUACUACACCCUUAAACUCUCCUCCAAAAUUACACAUAAAAGAUAAAUUACCCAAUUCAGUUCUUAUGAAUGCUCCCCCAUUUUCUUGUUUUGAUACCCGUAGUUUCAAUGGCAGGAGUCAAGUUGGGCUAAACAAUGAAAAAUCGAGUUAUGGAUCUGUUACUGGGCUUAAUGGGAGAGGAAAUUUGCAUAGAAAAUUGAGUAGCCCUUCUCUUGUACAAAACAAAAAUGCAGGCAAAACCCAGGUGGAAAUUUUGAAGUUGGGCAAAAUUUCAGGUCCUAAUGCCAAUUCUAAUGAAGAAUGCUCUGUUUCUAAGCAAGUAAAAAGUGUGUUGAAUUCUAGGAAAAGAAAAGCAGUUUCAAAAGGGGAAGGAAAAAAUUAUGAAACUGAGGAUGGUAAAAGGGAUAAGAGAUCAAAUUCAACAGAAGGUAAUGGGGGCAAAAAUGGAAGUGUCAAAAUGGAGGAACAAAAGGAUAGUGAAAGUGAUGAAGCUGAGAAAGGAGCAAAAGCAAAUCAAAAGAUUUCUGAGCCACAAAAGGAUUAUAUUCAUGUUAGAGCAAGAAGGGGUCAAGCUACUGAUAGCCAUAGUUUAGCUGAACGAGUUCGUCGAGAGAAGAUCAGUCAAAGAAUGAAGUUUCUGCAAGAUCUUGUACCAGGCUGUAAUAAGGUGACUGGAAAAGCACUGAUGCUCGAUGAAAUUAUAAACUAUGUCCAGUCGCUCCAACGCCAAGUUAAGUUCUUGUCCAUGAAGUUGGCUUCAGUUAACCCAAGAAUGGAUUUUCAGAUAGAUAAUCUCCUUCCCAAGAAUAUAUGUCAACCAAAUGGCUCUUUGCACCAACAUGUGUUCCCAUUAGAUGGAUUUGGUGAAAAUCUUACUCAGCUUCCUACAAUAUGUGAGGAAGACCUCCAAAGCAUUGUCCAGAUGGGAUUUAACCAGAACUCUAACCAGGAUCUGAUAUUGCAGUCACAAACAUUCCCUGUGCCUAAUUCUGAGUCUCACAUGAAAAUUGAUAUGUAAUGACCAUCCAUUUAUCCACAGGACCACAAUUUAAGGCCCCACAGGAGAAAGAGCCUGCUGUAUACAAGCAUAGAUAUUUAGUUUAAUCUGAUUCAGAAAUUGCUAAUUAACAAGAUUAGGAGUAGGAUUAAGGGGUUUAUUUCACACUUAUUGUAAUCUACAAUUUGUUUGAACAUUCUAAUUUUUGCUUUUGUUUCGGUAUAGUCUUUACUGUAUAAUUUAGGAACUAAGUCAUCUUGGGUGCAUGAUGUUACGGCACCUCAUGUAAGAUAUAUUUCUCUGUAAAGCAAUGAAAGAUGGAGAUCCUAUUACAA